AUGCUUGCGUCGUCUUCUCGCCAUGUUCUCAAGAGGGCCCAGCGAAAACUUUUACAGGCAGCGGCGGAGGUAGCGAAUGCUCCUGUCGUCGCGGCUUCGUCCACCCAACGUCUACACGAAUGGCGAAGACAUGCUGGCACCGCUCCCUAUCUGACAUCAACUGAUCUUGGACCGUCCUACGAGAGCCCGCACCGCCGAUUCGCUGUGGGCGCGGACACUAACUUCCGCAGCCCUACCAACACCCCGCUCGCCCGCUUCAACAUGAUGCUCGCCUCGCAACUCGAUCGCGGGAAGACGCACGUCGUUUUCACUAUUGCGCGACGCAUGAAGGCGGAGGGCGUCCAGCCAGACAGGUCGACGUACAACUGCCUGCUGCAGGCUUGUGCCCAGGAGCGGUUGUACGCGGAGGCGAGGGGCAUCUUCGAGGAUAUGGUCGCUAUGGGCAUACACCCUGACAGACAAUCUUUCCACUAUCUCAUGGAGACAUUAAGACCUCAUGAGCAAAGUGCCAUAUUCGAUGUGAUCAAGAUGAUGGAGGAGUGGAGUGUCCUGCCGAACGAGUUUACAUACGAAAGUAUCAUUACUCGCCUCGCGGAGAACCAACGACUAGAACUCGCCCUGCAAUUCCUCGCGAAACUCGGACCCGCCGGGCUUUCCCCCACAUUGAAGACGGCUACCGCUGUGAUCACGUGUGCUGCUGACCUUGGCUUCCCUCAGCUUGCGCUGGAUCUCGCUGACUCGUACGAGUCGACAUCCGUGCGGCGACUAGAGCCCGAGGUUUGGGUAGACUUGCUCGUCAGCUGCGCUGAAUCGCUCUACUCAGAAGGCACGCUCCGCACAUGGCGGAAGGUCGUCCUCGACCUAGACAUAGUCCCCGACGAAGGCUGCUGUCUCCAGGUGCUUCAUACUGCGGCGCGGCACGGCCACACCUCUCUCGCUCUGGAGGCGAUCGGCGCGCUGAAGAAGCUGAACGUCGUCUGGGCCGAGCACCACUUCGCGCCUGUCGUCGAGGCGAUGUGCGCUCGCAGCGAGAUCAGGGAGGCGUUAAUACUCCUCGACUUCAUGCGCAAGAACGGCAUGACGCCCACGCUCGAUACCGCGUCGCCCAUCCUCGCACUCAUCUCCAAAGACACCGACACGGUCGACGAAGCGUGGGGCAAGCUCGAGGAGAUCCGCGAAAAUGGCGAGGUGGUCGACCCUGUUGCACUCAACGUCGUCAUCCAGGCCGCCGUUGCACUCAAGGACCUCCAGCGCGCUGUCGGCACCUACAAGGCCGCGGCGCAAGUGGGAGUGAAGCCCAACAUCGACACGUUCAACCUGCUUCUUGAGGGCUGCAUCUACGCGCGCCAUCGCCAACUUGGGGACCGGCUUCUGUCGGACUUGAAGAACAUGGGGGUCAAGGCAGACGUGACGACGUACAAGCACAUGGUGCUGCUGUGCCUGACGCAAACGACGUACGAGGACGCGUUCUUCUACCUGGAGGAGAUGAAGGCGCUCCGGAUGGUCCCCCCUCUCGCGGUCUACGAGGCUAUCAUCCGCAAGCUCGUCUCUGUCGGCGACACGCGGUACAAGGUUGCGCUCGAAGAGCUGAAGGAGUGCGGUUACGAGGUCUCGCCCAAGCUGGAGUCCUUCAUUAGUUCAGGAGGCGCGCACAACGGGCCCACAAAAGAGAAGAAACCGGUCGUGAAUCCCGCUGUCGUGCUGUAG